GAAGAUGAAAAAUGUGAUUUAUGUGAGUUAAAAAGGUCUACAAAGAAGAAGGAAAAGGACAUGGUGCAGCACCCUUCUUCUUUGUAGCAGCUCAGGGAUCAGCACGGGUUAUCUUUAUAAUGUCAGCACCAGCAUCAGCAUCCAGAAGCGCUUUUGCUUUGCCCUCGAGAAGCAAGUCAUGCUUUGAGCUUGAAUUGUUAAAGAGAGCUCGCAUGUGUGGGAUCGCCCUGUUGCUUGGAAAACGAAGGGGUGCACUACAGACACAGCAGCAUUCCUCCGGCGAAGAAGCAUGAAAGGGUUUCUAUGGAUGUCUAUAGCAACAAAUACAUAGUAACAAAUGUGGCAUGGUUACUUGGCUUGCUGCUGGUUGGCAAGUAAUCGUGCAGCUCUCUGGGCACAGAGCCAUCUUAGUGAUGUUGCUGCUGCUGCUGCUGCUGCUGUAUCUAAGGUUGAAGAUGACGCUACGUACGUGCGUACUAACUCGUCUUGUGAUAUUUACAGUCACUCUGUCCACAUACACGCACACCGCAUCCCACAAACAUCGAUAACCGUCUCAGGAUAACAUGAUCGAAG